AUGGGGGCGCCGGCAUGGGGCUCGCGCGCUGGUGGCGAUCGGCCGCGGCUGCUGCGCAUGACGCCGCUGCGGCACAGCUUCGCCGCCCCCGCCACACCGCCCGCACCUCCCGCUCCCCGCGCCAGCGACUACGCCUCCGACGCCGACACUAAUAAGAAAGAAGAGAGCUGGAACGCGAACCUCUCCCAGAGGUGGAGGAAGCUGCGGCGACGUUGCUCGCGGCUACGGCCCGGCUCCGGCACCCGCGAGCCGAGCCCGGUCCGCUGUUCGCCCUCCCCCCCGCGCCCCCCGCCGCACUGCUCCCCGGCGCCGCCGUCGAAGCUCUCCUUCAGGCACCGCGGCAAAGUCUACACGACGGCCUCGUUGCGCGUAACCAGCGGCGCGCCCGACCUGCUGAGGGCUUUGGGUAAGCUCGGCGGCGGCCUGCGUCGCCGAGCUCUGUCGGCCCACGACGUCCUCGCGCCGACGCAGCAACAACCGGCGACGUUCUACGUCCCGAGCCCGACGGCCGAGCGGCAAACCUCGUCCCCGUCACCGCCACGACAGUCGGCGACCUUGAGGCGCAGGUGCAGUUCGCCAAACGUGUACAGAGCGAAAGACCCAUCGGGCCAACGCGCCCCGCUGAUCCGAGACGACGAAACCCGGGAUGUGGUAGACUACAGCUACGGAAUGGACCGCAGGAGGAGUUGCAAAGACGUGCGGAGCAGGCCGUACAGUGAAAACGUGGACGUUGAACUCCCUUGCAGGAACGGCUACAGUCGCCUCGCGGCGAACAUGUCCGAACGACUUUGGGAGGAGCCAUAUAGGCUGCCGCGCGUGCAGGCAAGACAGGAGCCAAUUCAACAAUUGCGCGUGGGCGUAGCGGAACUGAGGGUGAGUGCCACUCCACGCACACCAAGACCCCCGCCGGCGCCUCCGACGCCAGGACAAAAGUCUACGAAACGACCUCCGCCCGCCGAACCGCGAGAUACUAACACUUUCGAGGUGCGAUUCACAAAAUCGGCGGGAGGAAAGGGCCUUGGCUUUAGCAUUGUGGGAGGUCGCGACUCUCCGCGCGGUGACAUGGGCAUAUUUGUUAAGACGAUCUUCAAUAAUGGACAAGCCGCUGAAUCCGGCCUGCUUCGAGAAGGUGACGAAAUACUGUCAGUGAAUGGUAGGGGGACAGCCGGCCUCACUCACGGGGAAGCCAUCAGGCUAUUCAAGGACGUCAGAGCUGGUCCAGUGCUGAUUCGCGUCACGAGGCGAGCGCCCGUUCGC